GAUAAUAUAAGUCCCAGGUCCUGUAUCCUGUAUUCCUGAGUCCUCCUUUCACGUCCAGACCCAGUAGCUUAUUGUCCUCCCUGACAACUGAUUUCCACCCGUAACCGCCGCUCUAACAACCUCGGAGUCGGAGACCAAGCAAAAUGACCUCCUCCACCACAACCACCACCUCCACCACAAAAUACCGAGAUCGGACGGCGGAGUUUCAUUCAAUAACUCAAACCCUGAAAAAAAUUGGGGGAAUCGCACCCGUUCAUAAAAAAAAACCUCAUCAAGCAAAUAAUUACUCUCCUUCAAAACCACUGCUCUCUUCUACUACCAGAUCCGAAUUCAACAAAAAAGCUUCCUUAAUUGGGUCAGGCGUCCACGAAACCUCACAAAAGAUCUCCAGGCUCGCCCAAUUGGCAAAAAGGUCCUCAAUGUUUAAUGAUCCAACCGUGGAGAUACAAGAAUUAACAGUGUUGAUAAAGAAUGAUAUAACGGCGUUAAAUGCAGCCUUAACGGAUCUGCAAACGAUUCAAAAUAUGGAAAUAGCUGAUGGGAAUUACUCAGAAGAUAGACUUGUUCAUUCAACAACUGUUUGUGAUGAUUUGAAGAGUAAACUUAUGAGUGCUACAAAACGGCUUCAAGAUGUUUUAACUACUAGAACUGAGAAUAUUAAGGCUCAUGAGAAUAGAAAACAGAUAUUUUCUACCAAUGUUUCGAGAGAGAAUCCGUUUCUGCGUCAAGCGAAGCCGAUGACUGAGCCACCUCCUUGGUCAAAUCCAUCUAAUACAUUUGCCAAUUCACAGCCGUCUGGAUUGCCACCAACUGAUGUUCAAUUUGGGAACCAAUUAAGACGAAGGCCAGCUGUGGACAACACUCUUUCCCAGCACAUGGAAAUGUCCAUGUUGCAGCAGGUAAAUCCAAGACAGGAGAACUAUACUGAAAGCCGGGCAGUUGCCCUUCACAAUGUGGAAUCAACAAUUUCAGAACUUGGUGGGAUCUUUACACAUUUGGCUACCAUGGUUGUAGAGCAAGGGCAGUUGGCUAUCAGGAUUGAUGAUAACAUGGACGAGUCAUUGAAUAACGUUGAGAAUGCUCGUGGCUCUUUAUUGAGGCAUUUGAACCAAAUAUCAUCAAAUAGGUGGCUUAUGAUGAAGAUCUUUGCUGUUAUAAUUUUUUUUCUCAUUGUAUUCAUCUUGUUUGUGGCUUGAAUGUAUAAUUGGGACCAUUUGACCCACUGAUAGAUACGCAGCUAAAUGGCAUACUCGGAUCCUUCCUAUUUUACUAGUUAAGAUAUGUAGGUUGCCUUGUUGUGAGGAUAAUAUCCCUUGUUUUGUAAUUUCUUGAGAUAUCAUUUAUAGUGUAAACGAACUUGGCUUCAAGCUAUAUUCCCCGAAGCCAUAUUUACUGAAGCAUAUGCAUAGAUUAGGCAAUUGUUAAA